AAACACUGCCUGAUUGUUGGUCGACCCGAUAGAUGUCCCCCAUGUCCCAUUCCCAAACAAAUUUCAGUUCUUUUUCUGCAUUGUGUCUACCCAAAAACCUAGUCUCCCAAUCCGAUAUCACGUUAUAUCACGUUAUCCAAUCAAUUUGACCUAUCCAAACCCAACCUCUAUAAAUCCCAAAUUUGUUUAAGCCAAGCAGUAAUCUGCAAAAACCUUUUCAAGCUCUCAAUAAUGGCGUUUUUCAAACCUUCGAUUUGUUUUCUUUUCCUUUUCUUUUUUGUAUCUAGUGCUCUUGAUAUGUCAAUCAUAACGUACGACCAGAACCACAACAUGGGCCAUACUCUACGACGUUCCGACGAUGAACUCAUGUCUCUGUACGAAUCUUGGCUUGUGAAGCACGGAAAGGCGUACAAUGGCAUUGGAGAGAAGGAGAGGAGGUUCGAGAUUUUUAAGGAUAAUUUGAGGUUUAUCGAUGAACACAACUCCGUCGAUAGAACGUAUAAAGUCUGGCUGAACCGUUUCUCUGAUCUGACCAACGAGGAGUACCGGUCUAUGUUCGUGAGCGGUAAAUUGAACAGGAAAACUCGGUUGAUGAACAGUGUGAAGAAUGAUCGUUAUACGUUUAAGGCCGGCGACAAGCUGCCCAAGUCCGUUGACUGGAGGGAGAAAGGUGCCGUUGCUCCGGUCAAGGAUCAAGGCCAAUGUGGGAGUUGCUGGGCGUUCUCGACUGUCGGUGCUGUUGAAGGGAUAAACAAGAUUGUAACUGGCGAGCUAAUAUCUUUGUCAGAGCAAGAGCUCGUUGAUUGUGAUACGUCGUACAAUCAGGGAUGUAAUGGUGGUCUAAUGGACUAUGGGUUCGAGUUUAUAAAAAAGAAUGGUGGGAUCGAUACAGAGGAAGAUUACCCUUACAUAGCACGCGAUGGUACUUGUGAUCAAAAUCGGAAAAAUGCUCGAGUUGUUUCCAUUGAUGGUUAUGAAGAUGUUCCAACAAAUGAUGAACAGUCAUUAAAGAAAGCCGUGGCUAAUCAACCUGUUAGUGUUGCCAUUGAAGCUGGGGGCAGGGCUUUCCAACUCUACCAAUCGGGUGUCUUUACUGGACAUUGUGGAACACAACUAGACCAUGGUGUUGUUGCUGUUGGAUACGGUACAAAAAAUGGCCUAGAUUAUUGGAUCGUGAAAAAUUCAUGGGGUCCAAAUUGGGGGGAGAGUGGGUACAUCAGGCUCCAUCGCAAUGUGGCUAAUACAAAAACAGGGAAGUGCGGGAUAGCAAUAGAGGCCUCGUACCCUCUCAAGAAUGGUCAGAAUCCUCCUAAGCCUGGACCUUCCCCUCCAACCCCAGUUAAACCUCCGACUGUGUGUGAUGAUUACUACACCUGCCCGGAAGGAAGCACAUGCUGCUGCUUGUACCAGUAUGGCAACUUCUGCUUUGGCUGGGGAUGCUGCCCGUUGGAGUCUGCUACUUGCUGUGACGACCAGUCGAGCUGCUGCCCACAUGACUAUCCCAUCUGUGAUCUUAAAGCCGGAACUUGCCUAAUGAGCAAGGACAAUCCGGUGGGAGUAAAAGCAUUGAAACGAGGCCAUGCUAAGCCGAACUGGGCUGGUGUACUUGGUGAUAGGAAGAAUCCGAGUUCUUGAGAAACCCUGGACAAAUUAACAAGAUUUCAAGCUACGUCUUUGUAAAUAGUUUUUCUUUUUCAUUUCCAUCUGAAACUUGAAAAGACGUUAUUCUAAUCUGUCAUGUGAUCUUGAAUCUCUAAUGGUUGCUCUUAAAUGUUUCAAUUAAGCUAAAUGUUUUUCUUAUCAACCUUUCUUGUUUGGUUUGGAUCAUGCAAACAUAUUAUGAUUACUUAAAA